AGAGAAAUAGUCUUAGAGAGAGAAAAAACAAUACAUUAGAUAAACUUGUAGUGAAUUUUUCUCUCUUAGGUUAGUGAGAAAUUGAAAGUGAAUAGAGUGAAGAACAAGAAAAAAAAAUGGCAAAUCGAUGGUGGGCUGGAAAUUUAUCAAUGAAUCCAAAAGUAGAAGAGAAAUCAAAUCAACUCCGCUCCGAUAAAGAGCAGGAGUUCAUGAAUUCAACCGCCGCCACCACCGCCACCACCAACAGUAGUGAAAAUCCAAAUGAAAUGAGUCACGAAGGGGAAGAAAAUAUACAAAGUCCCGAAGGUCUGUUUUCCUCUGGACCGUCCAGCUCUACGCAUAGAGCUGGACGGCGACCCAGAGGGAGACCUAUGGGCUCAAAAAAUAAGCCCAAACCACCAAUAGUAGUAACUAAAGAAACCCCAAAUUCCCUCAAAAGUCACGUUUUCGAAAUUAAAUCCGAAAGCGAUAUAAUCGAAACCAUAGCCGCUUUUGCGAACCGCCGCGGAUGCGGCGUGUCCGUUUUGAGCGGCAGCGGUAUAGUAACGAAUGUUACGUUACGCCAGCCGGCCGCGGUGACCGCGGCCGGAGCCGGAGGCGUAAUUACGCUUCACGGUAGGUUUGAGAUUUUGUCAUUAUCCGGCGCGUUUUUACCGGCGCCGAAUAGUCCAGUUGGAGCAACUGGACUGACUGUGUACUUGGCCGGUAGCCAAGGACAAGUUGUUGGUGGAAAUGUUGUUGGUGAAUUAAUAGCAUCUGGUCCAGUUAUUGUAAUUGCUGCAUCUUUUACAAAUGCAACAUUUGAAAGGUUACCAAUGGUGGAGAAUGAUGGUGAAGAAGAAGAAAUGGAGAAUAAUGUAAAUGAAGGGAUGCAAAUGGAUAUACCUACAACUUCAGGGGUUGGUAAUGUAAAUUCUGAUAAUUUGCAAGUUGAUCAUCCAUCUCCUUCUACUUCUAUUCCUAUGUACAAUUUAGCCACUAAUGUUUUGCCUAAUGACCAAAUGCACCAUGAACUUUUUUGGACUCCUCCUCCUUCAAGGCCUUCUCCAUAUAGUUAGUUAUUAAUUAUCUUUUUCUAGUUAGAAACUUUUAUAAUGUUAUUUACUUUUUGUGAAUUUUUUUCCUUUUAAUUAGUUUUUAGGUUAUGUUUGUAACUUUGAAUCCUUAGAAGUUUUAUCAAUUUGGUUUGUUUUAUAAUCUACUAUCCUUUUUUUUUGGUAGAAAAUUGUUUGAGUUUUAUUUGAUGUAGGUUAGACAAUAUUAUCUAGACAUGGGAGAAGAUUCAGAUGCCACUACACGAGAACUGUGAAUUAAAUGGAAAUUUUUUUAGGGAUUAGUAUGAAAAUUUACAGAAAAUUUAUUUUCCUGCAAAUUUAUACGAAUUCAUAAAAAAAUUCCCAUGUAAUUCACUCUUUUCUUGUAGUGUACAUUCAUCUUGUGAUUCAGGUAUAUCAUUUACCGACUUAUUUUAUCAUUUUUUUUAUAUAUGAUGUUUGAAGAUGAAUAUAGAAUUUAAAUUUGAUGGUUUGAUCUUACCAGGAAAUGUACCAUGUAAGUUAAAGGAUUUAAUAUUGGUUGGAAUUUCUAAUUCUUCUCUUAUUUAAGUGGGGUUUGGAGACGAUAAGGGUGUACGCAGACUUUAUCCUAAUUUUUUUGGAAGAUGGUUUUCGAUGUAUUCUUAGAUAAAUAACCGUUUAGUUCCUAGUACACCUUCUAAUUUUGGUGGAUAGAUAUCUAGGUAGAAUUAUAGCUAUUACUUCAAUUAUAUUUUUGAUAUUUUUGUUUAAUCAUUAGGUACUUAUUAAUUUAAAUUUGCAUCAUAUAGUGCCCAUUUAGGGAGAAAUGCUAUGAUUGAAUUGAUUUUGGA